AUGGUGGACAAGGACUAUUUUGUAGAGAAAGAGGUUCUGGAUGAGUUGCGUCUGGGUGAAGUGGCACAAGAAGGGAAAUGGAUCACUAAACCACCUGUGCGUGAACGGGUAAAAAAUUUCUUCAGGUGUCCCAGUCUGAAGCGCACAGUAACAAGCUGGGUGCCUAUUCUAGGCUGGCUGCCUCAGUACUCACUCAGAGAAAAUGCAAUUGGGGACCUGAUUGCUGGAUUCAGUGUGGCCAGUAUGCAUCUACCACAAGGCAUGGCAUAUGCUCCUCUGGCUGCCAUACCCACUGUGCAUGGUCUAUACACCUCCUUCUAUCCGAUCCUGAUCUUUGCCAUCUUCAGUACUUCCAGACACGUCUCCAUAGGUACGUUUUCUGUAAUCAGCAUGAUGGCUGGGAGUGCAACAGUAAGGCUAGCACCAGACCAGAACUUUCUUGUAAAUGGCACUAAUGGAACAACCGUGAACACCACUGCACGGGAUGUUGCCAGAGUACAGAUAGCAUGUUCCCUCGCACUCUUGACAGGAAUCUUUCAGAUCCUGCUGGGUAUUGUGAGAUUUGGAUUUGUUGUGACCUAUCUGUCUCAGCCACUGAUUCGUGCUUACACCACUGCAUCAGCAUGUCAAGUAGCCAGCACCCAGCUAAAGUAUCUGUUUGGAGUCUCAAUCGCUCGAUACAGUGGCCCCCUCUCCCUCAUUUAUACUGUGGUGGAUGUUUGCCGAAUGCUGCCUAAAACUAGGGUGGUAGAGCUGGUGGUGGGCGUGAUCGCGCUUUCAGUUCUCAUUGUGAUUAAAAAUAUCAAUUACCGCUGCAAAGAGAAGAUGAUUGCGCCCAUCCCUAUCGAACUCAUACUUGUCAUAGUAGCAACAAUCAUCACCCACUACGCUGGACUUAUUGAUAAAUACGGCGUUGAUGUGGUUGGAGUGAUUCCCUCUGGCUUCAGGGCCCCUGUUGUUCCAGAUGGCUCGUUUUUCCCAUCGAUUGCGGGUGAUGCUAUUUCUCUGGCCAUAGUGAGCUACACCAUCAACAUUGCACUGGCCAAAACAUUUGCCCUCAAGCAUGGCUACAAGGUGGACAAUAACCAGGAGCUGGCUGCAGUGGGUCUUAGUAACGGCAUUGGCAGCUUUUUUUUUUGUUACAAUGUGUCCUCCUCCCUGUCCCGCAGCCUCGUCCAGGAGACCACAGGGGGCAAGACACAACUUGCGGGACUAAUUUCAUGCAUUGCUAUGAUGAUUGUGAUUUUGAAAAUAGGUUCUCUUUUUCAAGAGCUCCCCAAGGUUGUCUUAGCUGCAAUAGUAUUUGUGAACUUAACAUUAAUGUUCAUGCAGUUGACUGAUGUCUAUACACUGUGGAAGACCAAUAAGAUUGAUAUGGUGGUGUGGCUGGUGACAUUCGCAUGUACCAUCCUGCUCAACCUGGACAUUGGCCUGGCUGCUGCCGUUGGCUUUUCCUUGUUUGUUUACAUCAUCAGAUCACAACUACCUCGCUACUAUAUCUUGGGUCUUGUGCCAGACACAGCCUUGUAUCUUGACAUAGAAACCUACAAGGAGGCUAAAGAGAUUCCUGGAAUUAAAAUCUUCAGUACAUCUGCAACUCUGUACCACAUAAAUGCUGAGAGGUUCACGGAGGCCCUGGAAAAGAAGACUGGAUUUGACCUUGAGAAGCUGCUGACAACGAAGAGGAAACGAGAUGAAGCACUGAAGCGUAAAGAAGAGAAAGAGAUAAAGAAAGCGAAAAAGCUGGCAAAGAACCAAAACCAGCUCAACAGGCGCCUGUUCAGUGGCAUAUUUGCUUUAAAGAAGUCAAAGAUUGAGGAGGGGGGAUUUCCUGCAGAGCUGAGCGGACAGAAUCAAGUGAAUCUCACAGACUUUAAACAAGCUGGGAUUUCUACAAUUGACCUUGGUACAGGUCAGGUAAACUGGGCUUACCAACAUGAUUUAGGCCCUGGUGAUAACAACCUGCCCCCGGUAACAUACCAUGGUGACGAGGAUAAAGGGAGUUCAAGUGAAUCACGCACGCAUAGCAUCAUUUUGGACAUUUCAAAAACCAGCUUUGUGGACAUAAACACUGUGAACGUCUUGAAAAAGAUUUUCAGUGACUUUGGGGAGCUUGAUGUGGCCAUCCAUGAGUCUGACCCCCUCCAACCAAAGACUCAUUUAUCACCUUUCAGCUUCAGCUUUGUUUAUUAA